CACUACAUUGACGCAGUCAAGCAUGACAGACGCUACAGAGAGUUGAACUUCAUUCUAGGUUUUAAAUAUUCAUUACAUUUUACUGCAGCCGAGUGGAAAUGUAGUGCAUUUGAGAUAUACAAUGUAAGAUUCGUUGACGUGUCAUUUUCAUUUAAUUCACAAUAUUGUGUCCAAGCACAUCCAAGAUGGCAGCAGUGCUGCUCUUCAGUCUGUCUGCACUACUAGGCCUGAUAGCUAUAGUACAUGGCCAGUCCAGUCAGGACCUGACCAUACGCAUUGUCAAAGAGAACACUAAGGACUAUCUGGACACUAAGUUAAAGGACGCGGAAGGACAUAUACUGUAUUUGUCACUGUGUAGGGGAAGCGGAAAUCAAGCAAUUGUACGCAUUAAUCCAUCGGGCGGCACAUCCGAAAUAAUGGACGAGUCCGGAGGGUUGACCAAAGACACUAAAGGCGUCACCUCUUGCAUGUUCGACUCUCCCAGCAACGUCAGCUGCAAAGAAGGGAACCACUUCUGCGAGCUGAACAACAACUGCGUGGCCGAGAUCAAAUCCUCCUGCUCGCCCAGCAACAUGAGGACCAUGCACUACGUGGACGUCACCCUCAGCAGCGCGGAAGGCUUGCUGAUCGUGGACAACUGCCUCGUGCUCUGCGAGGCCGAGGGCUACAAAGAGGUGGACGCUCUGUCGGAAGGCAACGGGAUAUCCGACCUGGCGGUGGGCCUGAUCAUCGCGGGGGUCAUCCUGGUGGCAUCGCUACUAGUGAUCGGAGCAGUGAUAUGGAAGAUACGAGACAGCAAGCUACUGAGAAAGCAUCAUGUGCAUCAUAUCCAUUACGUUGAAACGUAGCGAUGGUCAAUAAAUCUCAGGAGGAAAAGGUGCUGAUACAACUGUUCAUUCACAAUAGAAAGCGUUCUUUUACACAUUUUCAUAUAUGGCGGAAAAGCUAAAAUAAACCAGAUUUUCGGUGUAUCCUGUGUACAAAAUAAAAGGAAGUGUCGAUACCUUAUAUUUUUUUUUAAAGUUGUAUUAUACUGUAACUGCAUUUCUUAGCAAGGCAGAAUCAAUGUUUUAUAAGUUCUUCCGUAUGUAGCACACAAUAAAUUCAAUAUAAAGGAAUUAUGAGACUUUCACUCCAUGGUUUAAUACUGUUUUAAAAACAGACUAGGUAAAUAACUAGUGCUAAUAUAGGAGAUUUAAUACGGAUAUCGACUGCUAGGUAUUGAAAUAUUGCUAAGAUUUUAGCUCAAUUCGUUGUUGUUUAGUUUGCAGCUAUUUAGGAGGUUCAAUUGAGUGUCCUUGACAUUGUUUUAUUUAUCGUAAAAUCUCCGAGAGCUCAUUGGACAAGGCUGACCAUUAGUUAUGAUGCAAGAGAGGAUUUGAGCCUCUCAAGCCCUUUCUCUAAUGGAGUUUGAUGAUGAUGAUGAUGAUGAUUAGUUAUGAUGCAUAUGUAUGUAAAGAUAUGGAGAUGUUACACCAAAAAUGUGGAUACUGUAACUUAUGAACUUGGAUUCUAGUGAGGUGUAGUACUUAAUCAUCGCUUUUAAUCAGCUCCAUUUAAAGAAUUUAAGAUUUAACCUAUAACCUAUACUUGUACUUUGUAUAAUCUAUAUGAGACAAAACUGUGUAAUCAACACACAAAUUAUGCACCAAAAUGCCUCAUUUAAAGGCGAAUUGCUAUUUUAUUUUUAAAAUCUCACGAUACGUUAAUAUACUAAAUAAAAAAUGAUCUUUCUUUUCUGAUAUAGCAUUUUUUUUUUCUUAAAAAGAGUAUACAUUAUUUACUUUUUACCAAUCCGAACAGAAAAGCGACAAGGGAGACAACUUACAGUAAUAGAAGUAUAUAUUAGAUCAUUUAGAAGUUAUCCCCAUUAUCGAAUGUAAAUGUUUAGACAUUGUAGAUUAAACGUACAGUAUUAUUUUUCUCAUCAAUGUGUGAGAUUUGUGGUUAAAUAGAUAACACCUAGCUACCAUGAAGAAAUGUUAAAGUCCCAAAAUGGACCAGAAAUCUUGGAGUUUUAUAUACGUUAUAUACAUUAACCUAUCAUUACUAUGCUUAAAUCCUCCAAUCUCUUUGGUAUUCAUAUUAAUAAAGCUCGAUAGAGAUAUAAUUGCGUAGUUGUUAUGAAUUUCUGUGUCCUGUGUGUAGGUGCUGAAUUAUUCUUUUAUUUUAAGUAAUGACGUAUUGACGUUUUGAAAAAGGUUUAACAUAAUGCAAGGUCAUUAAUUUUUUGUUUCUGUUCUGAUAAGGGGAGAUGAUUUAUCUUCGUCUUCGUCAAAUCCAUUUCUUCUAGUAGUCAACUGGUACUAUGUAAAAAAACAACAACGAUAAAGCCAUGUUUCUGUUAAGAACAAAAAUGUUAAUUCAAAUUCAAGUUAAUCUGACGAGAGUUCACUAUUCACAUGUAUAGCCUCCCCUUGCUAACAUUAUUGGUUUGAAAAUUUUAAAAAUAUUACAAUACUCAUGUUCAUCGGCUGUGUUCAGAUAGAGACGUAUUGAUACGAUUGUAUAGCACAUAAGAAAGUGUAAGAAUUUUUUGUUUAAUUACAUUUCGUAAUAUUGUACUGUA